CCGUAACCUGGAUAACCCGCAGCUCCAGUGAGUGCGCAUGCGCAGUGUGGGCUCCGGGCCGGGUGUGUCGGUCCCGCCGUCUCACGGUCCUGGUUUCCGGUCAGGAUGUCGGACGCCACAGUGGCGGAUACUCGCCGGCUAAACUCCAAGCCGCAGGACCUGACAGAUGCCUACGGGCCGCCCAGCAACUUCUUGGAGAUCGACAUCUUCAACCCCCAGACGGUGGGAGUGGGACGGAACCGGUACACUGUGUACGAGGUCCGCAUGCGGACAAACCUACCAAUCUUCAAACUGAAGGAUUCAUGUGUUAGAAGGAGGUACAGCGAUUUUGAAUGGCUGAAAAAUGAGCUGGAGAGAGACAGCAAGAUUGUAGUACCUCCACUACCAGGAAAAGCUUUAAAGAGACAGCUUCCAUUCCGAGGAGACGAGGGCAUUUUCGAAGAAUCCUUCAUAGAGGAAAGACGGCAGGGCUUGGAACAGUUUAUUAACAAGAUCGCUGGACAUCCCCUUGCACAGAAUGAGCGCUGUCUGCAUAUGUUUUUGCAGGAUGAAAUCAUUGAUAGAAAUUAUGUGCCAGGCAAAGUGCGCCAAUGAGUGAUCUAGGCAUUUCCUCAGCCCUCCUUGCCCUCACAUCCCCACUGCCUGCUAAAUUACAUUUAUUUUUACACUAAGUCUCCCAUUUUACCCCAUUUCUUAGUUCCCUGGUGUCCUUAAAAAGCUCACUCUGUGUUCAAUGCCUGUCUGGGCACUCCCUCUCAGAAUGCUGCCUUUUGAGACUGCAGAUGGAAGCAUUUUAAACAAGCCUGGCUGCCAUCAAUAACCUUCCCCUGCUUGGAAUUUGGAGAGGGUGCAUCCCAAAGAUUAUUUUUGGUUUUUUUUUUUUUAGUUUUUUUGAUCAUUGGGAUGAAGGUAAUCUGACAUGCAGGUAAUUAUCGAAACUGAAUAUUCAUACUUUUACUUUUUUUAAUAUUAUCCUUCAGCUCUAGUGAACAUUAAUUUGCACUUUGGGAGAUUAUCAUGUCAUUGGUGAAAGCACUCUUUCUCCCAAGUCCAUGACUUCUGGCCCUUUACAAAUGAAAGAAUUCUUUAACUUGCUGUACCCCAGGUUUGGGUAUAACUGAGCGAGUAUGUGAUCCCUAUAUAACUAUCAAGGUAUUUAUUUAAUAUUAUGAAUUCUACUCAAAAACCUCAUAUAUUGUAUAAGCUGCACAAUAGUACAAAAUACAUAUUCUCUAAUAUGACUAACCACUGCGUUUUAAGAAUGACCUAUCCCACAGAAACCUAAAUUUGAUCUACAUCAUUCAUUUUGAAAUGCUUAAUACUGUGUGCCAAGAGUAGAAUGCCUGCAAAAGAUGACAAAUAUGUGAACGAUUGGACAUUCAAGUGAAUUUUUUUUGUGGCUGGACCUGAAGAAGAGCUUGUAUUGGUUAUGUCACUGUAAAAGGAGAAGAGAGGCCUCACCAUUUGAAAUUAUGUUCAAGCUUCAGAGACAUUGUUUUUCUUCAUUUGGAGAUCUAGAAGAUGAUGUUCAAUGCCUGUAUAACACCAUAGCCUCCUGAUAUCCAUGGGCAGGGGAUGGUGGUAAUGCUUAAAUGAAGGGGUCGGUUAUUUUUGCUGAACUUCUAGUAGGUUUGGCUUUAAAGUUGCUUCUAAUAAGCACUUGAUAUAAUGAAAAACCUGUUUAGUUAGCUCUAGAUGAGAUUGGGAAAUUAUAUUUGUCUUUGAUCAGCUUAGGAUGCAGCAAGUUAUUGAUCAACUCAGUAUGGGAGUCAGGGGGAAUCAUGGCUCACUAGACAGGGCACUGUCUCAAGUGCACAGAAACGUUUUAUCACUUUAUAUAUAUAUAUAUAUAUAUAUAUAUUAUUUUUUUUUUAUAUAUAUAUAUAUUUUGGGGGGCCCGGGGAUCUGAAUGUCUUUGCUGCCUGUGUCCUUGUGCUGGAGACCAUGUCUGUGUAUAUAAAUAUCUAUAUCUGA